CCUUCCGGCGAGAGUCUGGCGAAUAAUUCUCAGAGAGAGCGGUGAGCGGUGAGCGGAGCGCAAUUACAGUCCAUGAGUAUCGCGCUUGGCCAUGUUUGAACCAAGCGUCUUCCAAACAGGUGACUUUCGCAUAAGUCACGCCACAAUCCGCCAUUCUUCACCCUAUCACAGGAAUUGUACAUGAGUAUUAAAUCUAAUGAGGCAAACUUGCCGGUUGAUCUCGCCGCAUCGUUCCGUCAAGGAGUACUUAUAAAAGAGACUGAAGGGGUAGCAUUCAAGUUCGUCCUGAAACCACGGAAACCAAAUAUGAGAAGCCAGCAUCAUCACCCCUAUCAUACCUUGAAAGAAUGGCACGCAGGUCAGAGAGAGAAGAGAAAGAAUGCACGAUGGGUACCGUAUUCUUUGCGGUGGGAGGGUGGCGCAUCUGUCAGAAUUAUCCCGCAGAUCUUUCUCUCUGGAAUUGUAGCCGCAUUGAUAUGUGGCGUUUCGCAGUAUAUGGGAGGGCAGCUCUCGAUGCACUCUCCGAUCUUGUUCCCCAUAUUCGGCUUUAUCGUCGGCCUCGCCAUCACAUUUCGAAUGCAAUCGUCUUAUAGUCGCUGGUGGGAGGGGCGGAUACAGUGGGAUAAAUUAUCUGCAGAUUCGCGAUCCUUUGCACGAACAAUCUGGCUGCAUGUGCCGCUCCCUAAGCCAGCAGAGAAUACGGACGAUAUCCCUGACAAGGUGGAGGUGAUAAGAUGCGUGCACGCACUUGCAGUAGCCUUAAAACACCAUCUUCGCGGGGAAAGGGACUGUGGUGAAUGCUCCGACCUGGAGCGGCUCCUAGCCCAUCUACCGAACUACAAUUAUACGGCAACUAACCAUCCACUAACUUUGACAUUACACCUUUCAUCAGUGGUCGAGCGUUAUCGUCGCCUCUCACCAGGUGUCCUGGACACGCAAGUUCUCACCCACCUCCUAACUCACGUAGAUGGUUUCACAAGCGUCAUCUCGGCUUGUGAGCGUCUCCUACGGACUCCUAUCCCACUGGGGUAUAAUAUCGCCAUCUCACGCAUCGUAUGGAUAUUCGUGUUCGCAUUGCCGAGUCAGUUGUGGGGUGAAGUCGCUUGGUGGAGUGUCGCUGUGACCAUCAUUACGGCAUAUGCCCUCUUUGCACUUGCUGAGGUGGGCCUAGAAAUUGAGAAUGUGAGUUUGCUUUUGAAGGAUAGUGAAGUCUCUACUAAAGAAGGGGUUCUUGCUGAUCGUCGCAUAUUUUUAGCCUUGGGGAGAAGGACCGAAUGAUUUAGACCUGGAUCGGUAUUGCAAUUUGUUACGCUUAGAUUUAGAUGAUAUUUUGGCCCAUCCCCAGGACAGCAGUUGUGGCAAGACAUACCUGACAAUCGGAAGCGGCGGGGUACUAGUAAAUGUUGAAGAUAGUAAUGGGACGGCUUGCUAGUUGUAUAGAAUAUGGGCGAAUUAUUUCUGGACGAAAGAGACUCAAGUUUAAUAUUUACAAAGACUCCAUCAAAAUACCAAGACAGAUGACAUAUUAAAAAAAUCAAGGAUCAAGGAUCAAGCAAAAACCUCCUCCGACACGGCAGCUGGAAGAUAAAAUCAUUGUGGAAACAGCGAA